CAGGGAUGAGGCUGAGGGCAGAGAGCUGGGCACAACCGUGAGAUUUAUCCCUCACAAUGGGGAAAGACAGACGUCUCCAUUUAUGUCUCAUGCUACUUCUUCUCCUGCUUUCUGCCAAUGACUCAGACUCUGCAGAACCGCAGUACAUGGUGCUGGUCCCCUCCCUGCUCCACACUGAGACCCCUGAGAAGGGCUGUGUCCUUCUGAGCCACCUAAAUGAGACAGUGACUCUAAGUGCUUCAUUGGAGUCUGCCAGGGGAAACAGGAGCCUCUUCACUGACCUGGUGGCGGAGAAGGACUUAUUCCAAUGUGUCUCCUUCACUCUCCCAAGGAUCUCAGCCUCAUCAGAGGUGGCAUUCCUUAGCAUCCAGAUAAAGGGGCCUACACAAGACUUCAGGAAGAGGAACACAGUUCUGCUAAAGAACGCCCAAAGUUUGGUCUUUGUCCAGACAGACAAACCCAUCUAUAAACCAGGACAGACAGUAAGAUUCCGCAUUGUCUCUGUGGAUGAAAAUUUUCACCCUCAAAAUGAACUGAUUCCACUGAUAUACAUUGAGAAUCCAAGAAGAAAUCGAGUUGCACAAUGGCAGAGUCUCAAGCUAGAGGGUGGCCUCAAUCAAUUGUCAUUUCCCCUCUCAUCAGAACCCAUUCAGGGCUCCUACAAGGUGGUGGUACACACAGAAUCAGGUGGAAGGAUAGAGCAUCCCUUCGCCGUGGAGGAAUUUGUGCUUUCCAAGUUUGAGGUCGAAAUUCAGGUGCCAAAGAUAAUCAGCAUCAUGGAUGAAAAAGUGAACAUAACAGUAUGUGGAAAAUACACCUAUGGGAAGCCUGUCCCAGGACUUGCGACUGUGAGCCUGUGUAGAAAAUAUUUUCCUGUUUCUUAUUGUGCUCCCAAGGAAAUCUGUGAGGAAUUCAGUCAACAGCUCAACAGCAAUGGCUGCAUCACCCAACAAGUACAAGCAAAUCUGCUCCAGAUUAAAAACACAGGCUUUGAAAUGAAGCUCAGAGUGGAAGCCAGGAUCAGAGAAGAGGGAACAGAUGUGGUAGUCACUACAAAUGGGAUCAGUGAAAUCACAAACGUUGCAUCCAAACUCAUAUUCGUGAAAGUGGAUUCACACUUUAGACGAGGAAUCCCCUUUUUUGGACAGGUGCUUCUGGUGGAUGGGAAAGGUGUGCCCAUCCCCAAUAAACUCAUCUUCAUCUCUGUGAAUGAAGCCAAUUAUCACUUUAAUACAACCACCAAUGAACAGGGGCUUGUACAGUUUUCAAUCGAUACUACUAAUAUCUUGGCCAAUAAUCUUUUUGUCACGGUUUCCAGUGAGCGUCCCAGCUUUUGUUUUCCCUAUUCAUGGAUAACAGAAGUCCACCAGCAUGCUCAGCACACUGCAAGUCAUGUUUUCUCCUUAAGUGGGAGUUACGUUGACCUGGAGCCUGUGGCUGGUACUCUGCCCUGUGGCCACACACAGACUAUCAGGGCACACUAUAUGCUGAAGAGACAGGCCGUGCGAGAGCUGUCGGAGUUCAGUUUCCAUUAUCUGAUCAUGGCUAAAGGAGGCAUAGUCAGAUCUGGAACCCACACUCUGCCUGUGGAGUCAGGAGACAUGAAAGGCACUUUUGCCUUAUCCUUCCCUGUGGAGUCAGACAUUGCUCCCAUUGCACGAAUGUUCCUCUUUGCCAUUUUACCAGAUGGAGAAGUUGUUGGAGACUCUGAAAAGUUUGAGAUUGAAAACUGUCUAGCCAACAAGGUGGACUUGACCUUCAGCCCAGCACAAAGUCUCCCAGCCUCACAUGCCCACCUGCGAGUGGCAGCUGCUCCGCAGUCUCUCUGUGCCCUUCGUGCUGUGGACCAAAGUGUGCUGCUCAUGAAGCCUGAGGCUGAACUCUCCAGGUCCUCAGUAUAUAAUCUGCUAACUGUGAAGGAUCUCACCAGUUUUCCUGACAAUGUGAACCAGCAGGAGGAAGAACAGGAACCCUGCCCCAAUUCUUUCAUCUUUCGUUAUGGGGCCUUCUAUGUUCCCUUAUCACGUAAUGAUGAAGCAGAUAUUUAUAGCUUCCUCAAGGAGAUGGGAUUAAAGGUGUUCACUAACUCAAAAGUCCGAAAACGAAAGUCAUGUGCAGUCACCCACAUUGCACCUGCAGGAGGAAUGAGUCAAGGAUACUAUGGAGCUUCAGGAAUGGCAGCGAUGCCAUAUACUCCUCAAUUUGAUGCAUAUAAUGCAAUACCUUUAAGUAAUGAACAAAAUUCGGGGCCAGUCCCUGAAACAGUGCGGAGUUAUUUUCCUGAGACUUGGAUCUGGGAGUUGGUGGCAGUGGACUCAUCAGGUGUGGCUGAGGUAGGAGUAACAGUCCCUGACACCAUCACUGAGUGGAAGGCAGGGGCCUUCUGCCUGUCCGAAGAUGCUGGACUUGGUAUCUCUCCCACUGCCUCUCUCCGAGCCUUCCAGCCCUUCUUUGUGGAGCUCACAAUGCCCUACUCUGUGAUCCGUGGAGAGGUCUUCACACUCAAGGCCACUGUCCUAAACUACCUUCCCAAAUGCAUCCGGGUCAGUGUGCAGCUGAAAGCCUCUCCAGCCUUCCUAGCUUCCAAAAAUACAAAGGGAGAAGAAUCCUAUUGUAUCUGUGGAAAUGAGAGGCGAACCUUGUCUUGGACAGUGACUCCUAAAACUCUGGGGAAUGUGAAUUUCUCAGUGAGUGCAGAGGCAAUGCAGUCCCUAGAACUCUGUGGAAAUGAGGUUGCUGAAGUCCCUGAGAUUAAAAGAAAAGACACAGUCAUCAAAACCUUGUUGGUGGAGGCUGAAGGUAUUGAGAAAGAAAAGACUUUCAAUUCCAUGACCUGUGCCUCAGGUGCCGAGGUGUCUGAACAGCUGUCCUUGAAGCUCCCACCAAAUGUGGUCAAAGAAUCUGCCAGAGCCUCUUUCUCAGUUCUGGGUGACAUACUAGGUUCUGCUAUGCAAAAUAUACAAAAUCUCCUCCAGAUGCCCUAUGGCUGUGGAGAACAGAACAUGGUCCUAUUUGCUCCUAACAUCUAUGUCUUAAGCUAUCUGAAUGAAACCCAGCAACUGACAGAGGAGAUCAAGGCCAAGGCCAUUGGCUAUCUCAUCAGUGGUUACCAGAGACAGCUGAACUACAAACACCAAGAUGGUUCCUACAGCACCUUUGGGGAAAAAUAUGGCUGGACCCAGGGCAACACUUGGCUCACGGCUUUUGUACUGAAGACUUUUUCCCAGGCUCGAGCCUACAUCUUCAUUGAUGAAGUUCACAUCACCCAGUCUCUCACGUGGCUUUCCCAGAUGCAGAAGGACAAUGGCUGUUUCAGGAGCUCUGGGUCACUGUUCAACAAUGCCAUAAAGGGAGGAGUAGAGGAUGAAGUGACCCUCUCCGCCUAUGUUACUAUUGCCCUUCUGGAGAUUCCUCUCCCAGUCACUCACCCUAUUGUUCGCAAUGCCGUGUUCUGCCUGGAGUCAGCCUGGAAUGUAGCAAAGGAGGGGACCCAUGGGAGCCAGGUCUACACCAAGGCAUUGCUGGCCUAUGCUUUUUCCCUAGUGGGAAACCAAAAUCGGCUUAGAGAAAUACUGAACUCACUUGAUGCAGAAGCUGUGAAAGAAGGAACCAACUUCACAGAACAAGCCUACAAGAAGUACAUCAAAGCUGACAUAAAGUCAAAGGCAAACUUGAACAGAGACCAGAAAGAGUAAAACCUUUUAUGACAGAAGCUACAGAACAAAUCAAGUGCACUUUUUGCUCAUCUCAAAAACUACCAGUUCUUCACUUGAUCUUAAGUCAAAAGGCUGAGAAGUGAUAAAAACUACCAGUUCUUUGUCAGUGAAAACAUGAACCCACAUAGCAUGGCGCCUCUGCUGGACUACCGUGAGGGUGGUAUGACUCCAUAGAUGAUUUUCCAUGGUUUAAAAAUGGAAAAGUGCUAACAAAUUUGGCAACUACUUUGGAUGUAUCACCUAUCAUUCGUAACUGUAUUCUGCUUGAUAUCCACACAGCACCAGGAUUUAGACAAGUGGGACUGAUGUCAUCUUCAGAUCUUCAUUUAUUUUGACCACGAUUUAUUCGGAGUGGAGGCAUUGUUUUUAAAGAAAAAAUGUCGUAUACGUUGUCUAAAAAUAAAAUGCAUUCCAACUCAUUUGAAAGAGCGUCUUUUAGUUUAGUAUAUAUUUAAACUCAAUCCAUUUUGUGGUGUUCCUGGAGAAACUGGAGUCUGGUUGUAGACCACUACUAGAAACAUUAUGACGGUCAAGAGAUCAUUUCUACAGCAGAAACUAUGUCUGAGACUGGAGCACAAAAAGUCAAGAAUCAAAAGUUUUAAUUCUGAGUUGAAUUAACAGGAAAGAACAUGCUUAUGGCAGUGCCAAUAUUUGAAGUGGAGCCUUAAAUAUUUUAUCACUUACAAUAGAAGUAGUUAACUCUGGCAGAGAUGACCAAAAGAAUGAAAAGGGACUGAUUCGAUUGGAGAAAAAAAAGAAAGAAAAUAGAUGCAAGAGAAGAAAGAAAAUGCAAUAACAUUUUCAAAGUAUUUUUAUCUCUAUUUGCCAGAGAGAGAGGCUCACAAAAGUCAUCUGAGAUCAAUGGUUAGGUUUUAUCCUCUAGUCUAUACUGCAUUUCUCAGGAAAUAUAACAAACAAUAAAAGAACUCUCUCUACCACUUUUCUCUUCUAUCAGUCCAACUAAAAUAACAUUUGAGAGAUUAAUGUGUCUGCUCUAUGCUUCUUCCUCCUUCAACCUACCCUACCUUCAUCCCAACAGAACUAAAUCAAGUUUGACAUAGAAGUAUGUCAGUGGGUUUUAGGAGUUUUAGUGGAUUCUAUAACAGAGAAGACCUUGCUUCUCCUGUAUUAUUUCCAUGUAUUAUGAAUGUGCAUUCUCUUAUU